GCUGUUAUGGUUAGUGGCGUUUCAGCGGGCGGCUGAGUAAGACGCAAAGAAAAGUGUUUGGGUAAUUGAGUUCUGCGCACUUCGACUUCACAUCCUCUGCUUGCUUCAUCCCUCCUCUAAUGGCGCUCGUAGAGCUAUUUUUUGUGCUGACGUUUCUUGGCGCGCUGUUCUACAAAUGGUCCGUAUCCAGUUUUGCAUACUUCAAGCGACGGGGCGUGGCCCAUGAGCGGCCACUGCCAUUCUUCGGCAAUUUGCCGUUAAGUGUUAUGCUUGGAAACGAUUCGUAUGUGAGGCACAGCAUUCAGCUGCAUCAGCGGCUGAAGCAGCACAAGGUCUACGGAGUAUACAACCUACGAGAGCCGCUCUACUAUCUAUCGGAUAGCGAUUUGAUAGGCCAGGUGUUCAUCAAGCAUUUCGAUACGUUUACCAAUCAUCGCCCGGGCAUUGGCAACGAGCACGACACAGGCGAUAUUUCUGUUAUGUCCAAAUCGCUGUUAUCUCUGCGCGAUCGACGCUGGAAACAGAUGCGCAAAACCUUGACGCCUGCCUUCACAGGUGUUAAAAUUCGUCUAAUGUUCGAACUGAUUAACAGCUGCAAUGUGGAAGCUGUGCAGUAUGUGGAACGCAAGCUACGGACGAGCGAAGGCGAGGGCAUUGAGCUGGAGCUCAAGGAAUUCUUUACACGCUAUACGAACGAUGUGAUUGCUUCGACGGCCUUCGGCGUGCAGGUGAACAGCUACGUGGAUGAACAGAAUGAAUUCUUCACAUUUGGCCAGCGGGUACUCCAAUUCAGCUUCUGGGGCGGCAUCAAGGUCUUUCUCUACAUCGUAAUGCCCAAGAUAAUGAAGGCUCUGCGCGUGCCUGUUAUCGACUUGAAUAAUGUGGCCUACUUCAAACGCCUGGUCUUUGGCGCCAUGGAGCAGCGCAGGGAGCAAAACAUUGUGCGCCCUGACAUGAUUCAGCUGCUGAUGGAGGCGCAGCAAGCAGAACAGCAGCAACAGCAGCUGAAGGAGGAGCAGGGUCAGCAGCUGAGUCAGGAUGCAGCUGCGUUCAGUGAUGUGGAUCUAUUGGCACAGUGUCUGCUCUUCUUUUCCGCUGGCUUUGAGACCGUUUCCACCUGCCUGAGCUUCACCACAUACGAGCUGCUCAUGAAUCCCGAAGUACAGCAGCAACUUUACGAGGAAAUUCUGGCCGUGGAGGAGCAGCUAGCGGGCAAGCCACUGGACUACGACAGCCUCAUGGGCAUGAAGUAUCUGGAUUGCAUUAUCUCCGAAUCCUUGCGCAAAUGGCCGCCUGCUAUUGUCAUUGAUCGCAUGUGCUCGGCGGACUUUGAGCUGAAAGAUGAGGCGGGAGCAUUGAUCGUGAAACUGAGCAAGGGGGACCUCGUCCAUGUGCCCAUUGUAGCGCUCCAUUACGAUCCGGAUAAUUUCGAGGAGCCGGAAAAGUUUCGACCCGAACGCUUUGACGAGGAGCACAAACAUGAGAUACGACCCAAUACGUAUGUGCCCUUUGGCGUGGGUCAACGCAGCUGCAUUGGCAAUCGACUGGCUUUAAUGGAAGUCAAAUCGCUCAUCUACCAAAUGGUGCUGCGCUUCCAUCUGCGGCCCGCCGAGCGAACUGUUCGCGACAUGAUGGCCAGCAUCGAGGGCUUUCGCAUGGAGCCACGUGAACUCUUCUGGUGUCGCUUCGAGACCAGGAAAAAGUCAAACUGAGCAGCAGUAACAGAUUGUUGAGCCCAAACUGAUUAAAGCUUCGCUUG